AUGGCGCUGCGGCGCCUCCUGCUGCUGCUGCUGCUGCUCUCGCUGGAGUUCCUGGACCUGCUGCCCGGCGCCCAGGGCGCCCGCGGCCGCGCCGCCAACCGGACCCUGAGCGCCGGCGCGGCUGCCGUCGGGGGCCGGCGGCCGGGGGGCGCCCUGGCCCGGGGCGGCCGCGAGCUGAACGGCACCGCCCGGGCGUCCGGCGUCCCGGAGGCGGGGAGCCGGCGGGGACAGCCCGCGGCGGCGGUGGCGGCGGCGGCGGCGGCGGCCAGCGCGGCCGUCACCUACGAGACGUGCUGGGGUUACUACGACGUGAGCGGCCAGUACGACAAGGAGUUUGAGUGUAACAACAGCGAGAGCGGCUACCUGUACUGCUGCGGCACCUGCUACUACCGCUUCUGCUGCAAGAAGCGCCAUGAGAAGCUGGACCAGCGCCAGUGCAACAACUACCAGAGCCCGGUGUGGGUCCAGACGCCCAGCACCAAGGUGGUGUCCCCGGGGCCAGAGAACAAGUACGACCCGGCGAAGGACAAGACCAACUUCACCGUCUACAUCACCUGCGGGGUGAUCGCCUUCGUCAUCGUGGCCGGCGUCUUCGCCAAGGUCUCCUACGACAAGGCCCACCGCCCUCCGCGGGAGAUGAACAUCCACAGGGCUCUGGCUGACAUCUUGAGACAACAGGGACCAAUCCCCAUAGCACACUGUGAGAGAGAAACGAUCUCGGCCAUCGAUACCUCCCCAAAGGAGAGCACGCCGGUCAGAUCGUCCUCCAAAAACCACUACACACCCGUGCGCACGGCCAAGCCGACUCCAGGACAUCAUGGGAAGGAGGCUUACCGCAGCGGAGGAGCUGAUCUUCAUAACUUCAUCUCAUCUGGAUUUGUCACGUUAGGAAGAGGACACACGAAGGGUGAUCAUCAGUAUAACCAUCUGGUUUUAAGCAGUGCUACCCAGACCCCUACACAUGAGAAGCCACGAAUGAACAACAUCCUGACAUCCGCUACGGAGCCCUAUGACCUGUCCUUCUCCCGCUCCUUCCAGAACUUGGCCCACCUGCCUCCGUCCUACGAGUCUGCGAUGAAGACCCACCCCAGCAAGUACUCUUCCCUGAAGAGGCUGACCGACAAGGAGGCUGAUGAGUAUUACAUGAGGAGGCGGCAUCUGCCUGACCUGGCCGCCCGCGGCACCCUCCCCCUCAACGUCAUCCAGAUGUCCCAGCAGAAGCCCUUGCCUCGAGAGCGGCCCCGCCGGCCCAUCCGCGCCAUGUCGCAGGACAGGGUCCUGUCCCCGCGGCGGGGCCUGCCCGACGGCUUCGGCAUGUCCUAUGACCGCAUCCUGUCCGACGAGCAGCUGCUGUCCACCGAGCGCCUGCACUCCCAGGACCCUCUGCUGUCCCCGGAGCGGACGGCCUUCCCCGAGCAGUCCCUGUCCAGGGCCAUCUCGCACACGGACGUCUUCGUGUCCACGCCCAUGCUGGACCGCUACCGCAUGACCAAGAUGCACUCCCAUCCCAGUGCCUCCAGUAACUCCUACGCCACGCUGGGCCAGAGCCAGACGGCAGCCAAGCGCCAGGCCUUCGCCUCGCGCAGACACAACACCGUGGAGCAGCUGCACUAUAUCCCCGGCCACCACACCUGCUACACAGCCAGCAAGACCGAAGUGACCGUGUGA